AUCACUGUUGACUCGUCUAUUUCUCCUUUUCCUUUAACGAUUCAGGAAGCCAAGCAGGCUAAUGUUCAUGACGAUUUCCAACUCUUGGGCCAUGGAGUCAGAUCAGUGACUUUCGUUUCUUUCAAGGUCUACGGCAUUGGUAUAUACAUAGCCAAAAAGGAUGUCAAAAAAGCCCAUGACUUGUUAUUGGGAGAUUUGUCCUCUUCCCCCGAUGGUAAAUUGGAAGACUUGUUGAACGAUGCGGAAAAAUCAGUUGAAAUUGUAGAAAAGUUGCUUGACAGUGGAGUUCGUUUCUUGGUCAGAUUAUCGCCUGUGAGAAACACCGACUUCAACCACAUGAAGGACGGACUUAUCAAGUCUAUCUUAGCCAACCCAAAAAGUAAAGAAAAUAGAGAACUUGUUGGAGAGGGAUUGGAUCAGUUGAGAACUGCCUUUUCGGGCCGCAAGGGUUCUGUUCCAAAAGAUCAUUUACUUUAUUUCGAGAUUCUCCCUGGCGGCAAAUUGUCGGUCUCGUACGAGAAUCCAGUAAAGAAGUCAAUUGCUGAAAUGGGAGUUGUUCAAGAGCCACUUGUGAGUAAGAUCUUGUUUUUGCUGUAUCUCAGUGGUAGAAAGCCAUUAUCGGAAUCUUUGAGAAAAAGUUCUGUCGAAGGAUUGGCAUCGUUGUAA